AUGAUUCCAGGUCAAUCGUUCAAUCGCUCCACUUUUGAGCAGCAUCGUACUGUAAGCAGUGGAGGCACCCUUAUUGGAGGACAUCCAUUAAUCAAACAAGUUAACUCAACGCCAAUCUGCAUUUUUCGUUUCUCCUCCCGAUUCAUUCCCGUGAAUUUCAGAGGCGCCUAUGUCCUUGCCACCGGACUCGCAUGGUGCCCUGAACAUUUUGUAUGCGCUUACGAAGGUUGCGGACGUCGCCUUCUCGAAUGUGGAUUCGUCGAAGAGAAUGGCUUGAAAUUCUGCGAAGGAUGUUUCGAAGCUCACAUUGCUCCUCGUUGUGCUAAAUGCCAGAAACCAAUCAUCUCUGACUGUCUGAACGCUAUGCAGAAGAAAUGGCACCCAACUUGCUUCGUAUGCGCUCACUGCCAUAAGCCUUUCGGAAACACUGCGUUCUAUCUGGAAAAUGGAAUGGCCUAUUGCGAAAUGGACUGGAAUCAGCUGUUUACUACAAAAUGCGUAGCGUGUAAGUAUCCGAUUGAGGCUGGUGAUAGGUGGGUGGAAGCGUUGGGUAACGCUUUCCAUUCGAACUGCUUCAACUGCACGCGCUGUCAUUCGAAUUUGGAAGGAGAGAGCUUCUUUGCGAAAAACGGUCAGCCCUACUGCAAGAUGCACGCCUAA